AUGAAUAUAUAUAUAUAUGCUCACGAUAAUCUUGAUGAUAAUAAUCGGUUAUAUAAUGUGCUACCAUCUGACAACACGAUAACGUCAACAACUUCUAGUGGUGAUGAGAAAAUCCCCAAUUUUCUUCAAGAAAGACCAUCCUAUGCAGGUCCAUUAUGUUCAACAGAUGAACGAAUAAUGUAUAAGCAUAGUCAACCACAAAUUAUUUUAAAUAAUACUUCCAGAGAUUGUGCAAGAACUUUACCAACACGAAAAUGGAAUGGUGGUGGUAAAGAUAUAUAUAUUAGUGGAACUUUUGAUAAUUGGGAGAAAAGAAUUCCUGUGGUUAUAGGAACUCAGGAGUUUGUGUAA